CCGGUCCAGGCGGCAGACGGGGGGUGUUUGUCUCCCUCUAUCGUUAUUGAAAAUUUAAAAAACAUUUAUAACCCAGAAGUUCAACGAAAUGUCGCAAUAACGACUCUUUUUAUAACUAUUUUAGUUGGCUUUUCGGUUAGGAUUGAUCAUUUUAGACUUCAACGUGGUGGUUUAGUGCUUAGGCCAGGCGUCCAUUUUCUUUUUCUUUGUUUCCUGUCUUUUUUACCCUGUGUCGAGGUGGAAACUCGCGGCUGUGUAUGAAGUCUGUGCGCGCCAGAUUGUAGCCAAGAACACGGAAUUUGGUUGAGUGUCAUAGAACAGACAGGAGAGUUGAGUCAAAAAAAUUCAGGAAGCCAAGCAGGUCUAGAAAAAUGAAGUAUUCCUAUCUGGUGCAGAUGGACGGAGGACCAACCAACAUUGUGGUUGAGGCCAAGGACAGCAUCUCCUAUGAGGGUGAGGAGGUGGUGGCCGAUCUGCUCCAGCAAGCAGCGGAGGGAGUGAUAGACCAGCAGCCAGAGGAGGAGGCGGGACUGGAUUCCCAGCAGCUGGUGGAGGGAGUCAAUGUGGAGAUGAUGGUAAUGGACUCCCUGGACCCAGCACUGCUGCAGAUGAAGACAGAGGCGAUGGAUGCCCCUGUGGCCACAGCCCAUGAGGCUACCGUCACCACAGUGGAUGAAACCCAGAUCAUCACCCUGCAAGUGGUUAACAUGGAGGAGCAGCAACUGGGAGGCCUCGGGGAGCUACAGCUGGUCCAGGUGCCUGUGUCUGCCGUGCCUGUCACCCAGGCCACCGUAGAUGCUCUCCAGGGCUCUUUUGUGGACGCUACGGCAAUGCCCAAAGACGGAGACCCUGUGAUCUGUCACACCCUGCCCUUGCCAGAGGGCUUCCAGGUUGUGAAGGUGGGUGCAAAUGGCGAGGUAGAGACAGUGGAGCAGGAUGAGCUUCACCACCAGGAGCAGCAGCCGGUACAGCCUGAGGAAGAAGAGGAGGAGGGGGAGGAGCUGCACUGCGAGCCCCUGGCAGAAGACCCACAAUGGACCAAGGACCCAGACUACCAGCCUCCGGCCAAGAAGACCACCAAGAAGGCAAAGAAGAGCAAGCUGCGGUACAACACUGAAGGGGACAAGGACAACAUGGACGUGUCUGUGUACGACUUCGAGGAGGAGCAGCAGGAGGGCAUGCUAUCAGAGGUCAAUGCAGAGAAGGUGGUGGGCAACAUGAAGCCCCCCAAACCCACCAAGAUCAAGAAGAAGGGUGUUAAGAAAACAUUCCAGUGUGAGCUGUGUAGCUACACCUGCCCCCGUCGCUCCAACCUGGACCGGCACAUGAAGAGUCACACCGACGAGAGGCCUCACAAGUGCCACCUGUGUGGGAGGGCCUUCCGGACUGUCACCCUUCUGAGGAACCACCUCAACACGCACACAGGCACCAGACCGCACAAGUGCCAGGACUGUGACAUGGCCUUUGUUACCAGCGGUGAGCUGGUCCGGCAUCGUCGAUACAAACACACCCACGAGAAGCCCUUCAAGUGCUCCAUGUGUGACUAUGCCAGCGUGGAGGUGAGCAAGCUGAAGCGCCACAUCCGUUCCCACACGGGGGAGCGUCCGUUCCAGUGCAGUCUGUGCAGCUACGCCAGCAGGGACACCUACAAGCUGAAGAGGCACAUGAGGACACACUCUGGAGAGAAGCCGUACGAGUGCUACAUCUGCCACGCCCGUUUCACCCAGAGCGGAACCAUGAAGAUGCACAUCCUGCAGAAGCACACAGAGAACGUGGCCAAGUUCCACUGCCCUCACUGUGACACUGUCAUCGCCCGCAAGAGUGACCUGGGCGUCCACCUGCGUAAGCAGCACUCGUUCAUUGAGCAGGGCAGGAAGUGUCGUUACUGUGACGCCUUGUUCCACGAGCGCUACGCUCUGAUCCAGCACCAGAAGUCCCAUAAGAACGAGAAGCGCUUCAAGUGUGACCAGUGUGACUACUGCUGCAGACAGGAGCGACACAUGUUGAUGCACAGGCGCACCCAUACAGGGGAGAAGCCAUACGCCUGCACCCAGUGUGAGAAGACCUUCCGGCAGAAGCAGCUCCUGGACAUGCACUUCCGGCGCUACCAUGACCCCACCUUUGUGCCUACUGCCUUUGUGUGCACCAAGUGUGGGAAGACCUUCACCCGCAGGAACACCAUGGCCAGACAUGCGGAGAACUGUAACGGGGAUCCUGUGGAAGGAGAGAACGGAACACCAGCCAAGAAAGGACGAGGUGGGAGGAAGAAGAAGAUGCGCUCCCGGAAGGAUGAUGAUGACGAUGAGGAUGACAGUGAGGACAACAUUGAACACGAACUGGAUGAUAUUGAUGAGGAGGAUGAGGAAGCGGAGGCAGCAUUGCUGGAGGAAGAGGAGGAAGAUGAGGAGAUGGAGUUGGACCAGGCUCCGCCAACCAAGCCUAUCCCUGCACCCUUGGAGCCGCCCGUAAAAAGGAAACGUGGCAGACCCCCUAAGAACGCUCCCAAAGCCUCCCCACCUGCCAAAGUCAGCAAGGCUUCCCCCAAGGCCAAGUCUGCUGCAGCUGCAGCCAUCAUCCAGGUGGAGGAUGAAAACACAGGGGCCAUAGAGAACAUCAUAGUCAAGAAAGAGCCGGAGGCGGAGCAGGCUGCCGUGGAGGUGCUGGUGGAGCAUUCAGAAGAGCCUGUGGUGGAGACCGUGGAGGUGCCUGUAGCAGAGGCUGCCCCCAACGGAGACCUCACCCCUGAGAUGAUCCUCAGCAUGAUGGACCGGUGAUCCAGUCCACCAAGAUGUCCCCUGGUCUCGGUUUUUCCCAUCAAGGAGUCGUCGUCCCCCCUCUUCAUGCCAUCGACUGUCUUACAAACCACUUCGCUUUAAACUGUUGUUUUUCCUUUUAUGUAUAUUUCUUUCCAAAGAAAUCAGUGGUGUUUUUUUUUUUCUUUUCUUCAUUUUGCUCCAAAAUCCUCUUCCUUCCAUAUAUUCACUAACUGUUUAAUUUCCAACUGCGUCGUCUGCAGAAAUGUAUUCUUUUUCGGUGGGUUGGGAUGGAUUUGUCUAACAACGGAUCCAAUGUCUACUUCAAUCUGCAUGGGUGGGUGGUAGAUGACGGUGGACACUUUGGGACUUCAUUUAGUGGUACCCCCCCCCCCCCUCCCCCCCCUUAACACAACUGUCUUCAAUCUGGUUGAGACCUUGACAUGGAAACCGUGAGUGCCAAUAAUUGUGGGCUUUUAAUGUAGUACCUCCCUCUGCUGUAUACUAAAACUAUGACUAGCCCGGCAUGUCAAAGGACCUCCUUUCAUGUUUUGAGAUGUUUUAUUUACUACAUGUUCUAUUUUACUUACCCUUCUCACAUUAUGUUUGUAGAGGCUUAGAUUAACAUGAAAUUAACUAUAAUCAGCCCAGAGACAGUGACAUCCAUCCACAAAGCUUUUAAGACUGCGGUUAUGUUGUACAAAUGGUUGUCUUUGCUGGUUUUGCUUGUAAAUACUUUUUAUUUUAGUUUUAUUACAAACCAUUUUAAUCUUUUUCUAGGGAUUUAAACACCUUAAAUGCUGGGGGAAUGACACUUAACCAUGGCCAUUUGGAACGUAGGCUGUCUGUGGCUGUCUAAUCUCUAAUGUGGGAGCCGUUCCCCACUUUGAGAAGCAUGUGGGGGUGGAAACUUCCACAUCGGCGCUUUUUCUCCUGAAUAUCUGUAGCACCUUCAUGAAGGUACAGGGGAGAAUGAUGUUAUUCACUCUCCUUCCACCUUUCACCCCAAAGCAGAUUUACUAACGUCUUGUUUUGACAGAUUACCUGGGUAUUUCUUUUAAGAUAAGCUACAGAAAUAAGUGAUUUAAAAUGCUCUUGUAUUCUGAAAAGCUUUAGUCAAGGUUGGUCUAAAACUGUUAAGGUGUGAGGUAUAAAAUGUAAUGAUCUUCAGGUCCUAAUUGUAAAUUAGGAAUGAUUAUUAAGGCAAUGGUAAUCUUGAUUGAAGCACAAUGUUUCUCCCAGCUCGCUGUUUAUUUCUCCGACCCAUUUUCUGUCUGCAUAGUUUCAUGGGACGUGUGUAUAGGAGCAGCCAGUGGGCCUUGUGAAAUUCUGAUUAGGUCGUUCAAAAGGUGUAGGGAAGAAUAGACCUACGAGGGAAGGAUAUUUUGUAUAAAAUUUGUUACUUGUUUAAGAGAAGAACUAUGUCCUUUCUUUCACAACAAAUCUAAAUCGGAUACAUACAAACAUGAAGUUUCCUCCUAUAUGUAAUUGCAUUUAAAUUGCUUUCUGUUGAACUCUAAGAAGUCACGGUGGAUGUUUUUUUUGUACCUGGCUGUAUUGUGUGAACUUGAUGAUGUUGAACGUGUGUUAUGGCUGGGUUGGGCUGAAGGAUGUGUGAGGACUGCAUUGCUGUACAGCUAAUAAAACAUGUUUGCCUAAA